CCUCCAGCCACGGCGUGAGCUGUUGUGAAGAGUCGCGGGCGGUUGCUACGGAGACUCCUCUGGGGAAACCAUCGGUCUCCAUGUCUCACCAGGAGGCAAAACCUUCAAGUGUGGUCUUAGAGGAUAAGAAGGAAGGGAAGGUUAUCGAAGUCAAAGUCAUCGCCCAAGACGGAAACGAGAUCCACUUCAAGGUGAAAACGACCACGCAACUCAAGAAACUCAAGGAAUCCUACUGUCAAAGGCAGGGCGUCCCAUCGAACUCGCUGAAGUUUCUCUUCGAAGGCCAGAGGAUCGCCGACAACCACACUCCUGAAGAGCUGGGGUUGGAGGAGGAAGACAUGAUUGAAGUCUACCAGGAACAAACGGGAGGUCAUUCGACGGUUUAGAUGUUCUUUGUAAAUUUUCCUUUCCCUCAAUGCUGUUUUAUGAUUAUUUUUUUAAAUCGUUCUUUUGUAAUGUGGUAUUCGGAGUGAAAAUUGAAGACUGUCACACCAUCUCUUUGGAACAUCUGGCGAUCUGAAUUCUAGCGAUCGGUAUUCAUUAUUGGUUGUUUUUAUGGUGCUGAUUUUGCUGACCAGACCUCAGCUUCCUUCCUAUUGCCCUCUUCUAAACUGCAUAUAUGCACCACGCAUGAGGCUACCCUUCUGAGGGCCAGUUUGAGGUUUCCUAUGCUUUCCAACCAGCCAGCGAUUCCAGCAUGUGGCUGCUUCACACCUGGCCUGUGAUUUUCAGGGGAUAGAUGGACGUUUUCAGAGAACUGAACUGUGGAAAACGACCUCUCCUCGGGUUGAAGCUGCUUCUAAAAUCUGAGGAUCGGACUAAGAACAGAAUACCAGGUUUGGAGUCAAGAUGACAUGGAGUCAAAAUGAUACGGUCAGAGUAACAACUAACUGUAAAGGCAGCUUUGUUGAAGAGAAAGCAUCUCGAAGAUUGAGCCCGUCUUGUCAGGGGAGCCCAGAUAAUGCUCUAAUUUUCAUCAGCAGUUAAUAAUAAAGUUAUUCAUGCAAAACAUA